AUGCUCACCACGCAGUCGACGGAGUCAAUUGAAACGCUCAAGGUUGAGUUCGAAUCGGCAGGUGGGCAGUCCAAUUUUUAUGCUGUGGCCAACAUUGUGCUUACUGGUGUCGGUGUUGGUAUGCUCAGCCUCCCUGGGGCGGUUUCGCGGGCUGGUUAUGCGUUUGGAUUCGCUCUCCUUAUUUAUAGUGGCAUCGUUGGUACGCUCUACACUCAACUGUUACGUGCCUGUAUGAAGCCGAAUACCCGAAACUAUGAACAUAUUGGUAGGGAUGCUUUCGGUCGAUGGGGUGUUGUCGCCGUCGCGUUCGGGGUGAACGGUGGUUUACUUGGCUCGUGUUGUUUACUCGUAGUACUUCUCGGUGAAAACUCUUUAAAGCUCUAUGAUGGGAUCCGCCUGGAAUGUUGGGUUUUGAUCUGGGUGAUUGUACUCCUGCCUAUCUCUUGGUUACGUAAUAUGAAACAUGUUGGUUACAUCAGUGGUACAGUAGGCACAGCUUCGGUCAUCAUCCUCAUGGUGACCAUUAUCUACGCAGGUUUUGUUCGAGCCGCGGAUGAUGAUGCUGGGAUUGAUUCUGUUUACGAACCGUAUCCGAAAAGUGCUCUCGGACUGGGGAUAUCAUUCGGGAGUAUGACUCUCGCUUAUACCGUUACAUGCGCGAGUACCACUGUAUUGCAUGAUAUGAAGGACGCUUCUGCCCAUCGCCGCGUCAUCUAUUGGGGAGUUGGCCUUCUUGGAUUGGUGUACUUCCUAGUUUCGUUAUCAGGUUACAUUGGUUGGGGUGCGUCACUGAGUAAAUUCCAUAAUAUCAUUGACGCUAUCACUGAGGGCACACCCACAUAUGGUCCGGAGGCAUAUCUAUGUAUUUCUAGCAUUUUGGUGCUAUGUCUUACUCACUAUGCCGUCUUGUUGAAUCCAGUCAGUCGUAUCGUUGAGGAAGCAUUUCGGAUUGAUGAACAUCAACUCUUCAAGUCAUAUUUGGCUCGAAGCACUUUGGUUGCUUUUACUGCUAUCACUGCUAUAUUCGUGCCCAACUUCGAAGGUCUUGUCGGCCUCCUAGGAUCUGUUUGCUACUCACUCAUCCAUAAUUUCUAUCCCUCGAUAUUUUACAUUCGUCUCGUUCUUUUGGGCGAGCCGCGGGAAUGCUCCAGAUGGAUGAUGAUGAUGAAGAUAGCAGGACUUGGUCUUCUUAUGAUCAUCUCUUUUAUCGGCUCGGUGUGUGGUGUAUACGAAGCCAUUCCCAUUCUAGUUAAGUAG